CCGGUAUCUAAUUUCUCUCUCUCUUUGUUAGUUCCUUCUAGAAACCAAAAGCUCAGUUCCAAGUGGAUAAAUUUGGUAAUUGCCUCUCCCCUCCCCCCUGUUUUUCUCAUCACUCUUUCUUUUGUGUUUGCUCUGCUUUUCUUUCCUGGAAAAGUUGAUUUCUCUUUUCAAUUUCAGUUAGGAAAAUCCUCUCGAUCCCAGCGAAAAGACCCAAAACCAUCAAAUCUUUUACCCAUAAAUCAAGGGUUUCUGUUGAAACCAAAGAAACCUUGAAAACUUUGCCGGCUUCUGUCAUAAAAACUUUCCCUUUUUUUCUCUCGUUUUCUCGGACUUACCUUUGUUUUUCGUUUUAGGUAGGCGUGACGUUAGGGUGUUCUCGACUUGAUUUGGCGGGUUUUGCGUAGUGGGUUUUUGGAUUUAACUUGAAGAAUUAAACGUUGAAUGGUCGUGACUUUUUGCGAAGAUUAGAGCUAAAUUGUUUCUUCAUUGUUGAUCAAAGCAGAGUAGGCUUGAGUUUUCUUUAAGUAUAAAAGAAACAAGAAAAUAAAAAAGAAAAAAACUGGAGUUCCUUUUUUUUUUUUCGCUUGUUGUUUUUCAUUCUUAGUUUUGGCUGAGAAACGGUAAGUCCAAAUCCACCGGUGACCGGAAAAGAGUUGAAUCAGACAACAUUGUCAACUACCAACAAAGACUUGGUUGAAUAGAGAGAUAUUUAUUUUAUUUUCUCCUCUCCUUUUUUGUUUCCUUAAAUUUAGCUGUCCAAACGUCAAAAUUUAGAAUUUCUCUUCAGACACAAAUUUGCAUUAUCUAACCAAAUCGCGACAAUCUCUCUCUUCCUCUGUGUGUCUCUCCCCGUCUCCUUUUCCUUCUCCUUUCUCUGUUUCUUCUCCUCUGUUAUCAGGGUUGAGGUAGAGAGAAACCAAUCUCUCUCUCUCUCUCUCUCUCUUGUUUGGAAUCAUGAUUUUUGACACAGGGUCAACGCAAUCAAACCUUGAUUGCUUUCUCCAUUGCACAACACCAACAGUCAAAUCUCAAUUCCGUCCCAAGAGUGAAAUUAGGAACCUUAAUCGUUUAUGGCACCCUUGUGACAGAGAAAAGGUUGAAUAUUUCACAUUAGUUGAUCUUUGGAAUUGUUACGAUGAGUGGAGUGCGUACGGGGCCGGAGUUCCUAUUGUUUUGAACAAUAGCGAAACCUUAGUCCAGUACUAUGUUCCUUAUCUCUCUGCCAUUCAAAUCUUUACCAGCAAUUCUUCAGUCAACGACUUGAGGGAAGAGUCAGAAUCAGGUGAUGGUGAGAGGGAUUCUUUUAGUGAUUCAUGCAGUGAUGAUGGCGAGAGUGACAAGUUAUGUAGAUGGGAUGGAUGCUCAUCGGAGGAUGGAGGGUCGGAGCAUGACAGCCUUCGGAAUGUGAAUAACAGGUUGGGUGACCUUUACUUUCAGUAUUUCGAGAGAUCAACUCCUUAUGGAAGAGUUCCACUCAUGGAUAAGAUUAAUGGAUUAUCUCGAAGAUACCCUGGUUUGAUGUCAUUGAGGAGCGUAGAUCUUUCUCCCGCUAGUUGGAUGGCUGUUGCUUGGUACCCAAUAUAUCACAUUCCCAUGGGAAGGACGAUAAAGGACUUGUCCACAUGCUUCCUAACUUACCACACUCUAUCGUCUUCUUUCCAAGAUAUGGACCCUGAUGAUGACAUUGAGAGUGCCGAAAGGAAGCGAAAGGAAGGAGAGGGCAUCUCUCUUCCACCAUUCGGCUUGGCCACUUACAAGAUGCAAGGAAAUGUGUGGGUGUCGGGCAAUUAUGGACGGGACCAAGAAAGGGUCGUGUCGCUUUUAAGCGUGGCAGAUUCUUGGCUAAAGCAACUAAGGGUCGAGCACCAUGACUUCAACUACUUCACGGGGAUUCGACGUGGCUAGACACAAUUUCUUGCAGAAUUUUGUCCCUGAGAACCCCACGGAACGGAAGUAAAAAUUAAAAAAAAAAAAAAAAGAAAAACCUCUUUCUGGGUUUUUAAGGAUUUUUGGUUUUGUGCUUGGACUAAUAGGGCCUUGUGCUUAACGAGGAACGUGGUUGACACUUGUUAUCAAAACCCUUUUAACGGUCCAUUCUCCGGUGAGCCUUUUCAGGAUUUCAGCAGAGUAUAUGAGUUGAGCCUACCCUUAUUUUUGCAGCUGUUUAAGCCAGUUUGUGUGCUUUAUUGUAAAGUAAUAUGGGUGAGGUCUGAGAGGUACAGAAGAGUCUCUUGAACUUUUCAAACUUUUCUGUUUUUGGAUUGUAUGAUAUGUUCUCUUGACCACAAAAGAGCUAAUGGAGAUGAUGAAAAUGCCCCCACUGUAUUCACAAUUUCCUUUCCAA